GUCUGCCGAGGUAACCGUAAACGUCGGAGCUCGUCCGGCUGACCGCCGCGGUCUUUCGGCCUUAGCAAAACUGGCCUCUUAUUUCUCUCCAAGCUUCGAGCCUCCAGUUUUGGCCUAACUUCACUGGGUUACGGUCCCUAGUCGUGGGGCCUAGAGUCGCCGCAGAAGUAAUGGCUCAUGAAGCAAUGGACUGUGAUCUUCAGGAUCAGUUAGGUGAUCCUACCGAACCACCUGCUCCUGCUGUACUGGUCAGUAGUCAAGAGGCACCACCCCCGCUCCAGCCUGCCCUGCCAGAGUCUGUUGACUUGACUGCCGAAGUAGAGGGUGUGGAAAACAGCAAUCCAGAAACUUCAGAGGAGCAUAGGCACAUGUCUGAUGCUAACCACAGAAACCGAGUAUCUUCCUUGGCUUCUAUAACCAACUUCAUCACUGGGCUGCAGAGACUUCAUGGCAUGCUGGAAUCCCUGAGACCUCUUCCUUCAAAUUUGAACCACAGUGGAGGGCCAGUGAGAAUAAGGAGGAGAAGAGAGUCUGCGUUACAUAGAGCAAGAGGUGGAGCCUCUCAGAGAACAGGCAAUGCUAGGUCAAGAGCACCAUUGGAUGCUUACUUUCAAGUGAGCAGGACCCAGCCUCAAUUGCCAGCUGCCUCUUCUGAUUCAGAAACUAGAAAUCCCAGAUCUGAAGACUUGCAUGUAUCAGGUGGUUCUCAUUCUGACAGUGACAGCUCUGUAGAGAAUGAAGAGGUGGUUGGUCAGGCAGAAGAACCUGGAACUGUCAUUUCAGAAGAGCAAGAAAGAGUUACCACAGCAGAGGAAGAAGUGCCAUUUAUCAGUGAAGGAAAUACCCAGUCCAAACAGCUGUUACUACUUUUCCCUUCUAGUGACUUACUGAAGGAACAAACACUCAGAAAGAAGGCAGAGUUAGAAUCUGCACAGUGUCGCCUGCAACUUCAGGUCCUCACUGAUGAAUGCACUAAACUUCAUGAUCGUGUACAGGACUUGCAAAAACUUAUUGUAUGGCACCGGGACCAGAUUUUACGGCAACCUGGGUGCUCCCAAGGUAGUCUUCCAACAUGCCUGUCUUUCAGCCAGGGACAGCAUAAGUACCACUUUCAAAAGAACUUUACAGUGUCUCAGACAGGAAAUUGCCGAAUCAUGGCAUACUCUGAUGCCCUGAGCUGCUUGGCGAUCUCACAGCCUUCUCCUCAGGCUGCCUUCCUUCCAGGCUUUGGUGUAAAGAUGUUAAGUACUGCCAAUAUGAAAAGCAGUCAGUACAUUCCAAUGCAUAGCAAACAGAUCCGUGGACUGGCCUUCAACCAGGAGUCCAGAGGUUUACUGCUCUCUGCUUCACUAGACAACACUAUUAAACUGACCAGCCUGGAGACAAAUACUGUGGUUCAGACUUACAAUACUGGACGCCCUGUAUGGAGUUGUUGCUGGUGUCUUGAUGAAAACAAUUACAUCUAUGCUGGACUGGCCAAUGGUUCAAUUCUGGUAUAUGAUCUUCGAAACACAGGCUUUCAUAUGCAGGAAUUAGUACCUCAGAAAGCCAGAUGUCCACUGGUAUCCCUGUCAUACAUGACCAGAGCUGCUUCAGCUGCAUUUCCUUAUGGUGGGGUGCUUGCUGGAACCUUGGAGAAUGCUUCCUUCUGGGAACAGAAAUCUGAUUUUUCUCACUGGCCUCAUGUGCUACAAAUGGAGCCAGGGGGCUAUGUAGACUUUCAGAUAGAGAACAGAACCCGACACUGUCUUGUAAGCUAUAGACCUGAUAAAAUCCACAAGACCAUACGAAGUGUACUGAUGGAACUAUCCUACAAAGUGGGUGAUACUGGAGAGACACUCUGCUCCUGCCAACCUGUGCAGACAUUCCUUGGGGGACCCACCUGCAAACUGUUGACCAAAAAUGCUAUUUUCCAAAGCCCAGUGAAUGAUGGCAGCAUCUUGGUGUGUACUGGAGAUGAAGCAACAAAUUCUGCCCAGCUGUGGAGUGCUUGCAGUGGCUCAAUACUGCAGACCCUGAAGUGUGAUCAGCCUGUCUUGGACAUCUGCCCAUUUGAUGUGAAUCAUAACAGCUAUUUGGCUACUUUAACCGAGAAGACUGUCCAUAUCUAUAAAUGGGAGUGAUCAUGGUCAUGAGACUUUCAGACUCAUGGUUAAUGUUAAAUGUUGUUUAUAGCAUCUAGCAACCCUGAAAUCUCUGCUUAUUGCCUACAAACUAGAACUUCAUAGUUCAUUUGGAUUAUUGUAAAUUUAGAACUUAAGGGCCACUGAGACACUGUGUUGUCUGUUGUGUGUAUGCAAUUGUUCAUCUGUUGUAUCCAUUUAAAGAGUAAGUGGUACUCUAUCUUCAUUUCUUGGGUUAAAAUCUUCAUGUAUCUUUGCUGGGAAUUUUUAUUUUCUAAGAUCUGAUGGACCUUGGUGAGUCUUCUCAGCAGCAGUUUGUGUGUGUGUACCAAACAUUUUCUGGAGUAUAUGACCUCAGUUGUCUAUUGGCUUGGGAGAGCUACAUCCUAGAAAGUGAUUUACUUGCACUCAGAGGUUUUCCUUCCAUUGAACACAAGAGGGCACUGUAGAACUCUGUAGGUUUGAUUUAUUUCUGAGUUUACAGGCUGGUAACCAAUUGGUAACUUGGUCUUAUCCCCCACAGAAAUGUGUGUUGUAUAUUGUGUGCUUUGUAGUAACAAAGUCAUUUUACAGCCACCCAGUGCUAGGAUGUUGGCAAGUCCUAUGAUGAAUAAAAGUGACUGGUUGUCUAUAUAGAACCUUACUUAGUUAAUGGCCAGUUUGUUGCAUUAUUAUUGUUAAGGAGGACCAGUUGUUUGAGCAAUAGGGAAAUACUAUCUUCUAGCUAGCUUAGGAUCUCAGGGUUUUAUCAAAGACAGUGAGUGCUUUAAUGACUAUUUCCUUCUUGCUGGGAAAAAAACAAGUGGCAUGACAAAGCUUUUACUUGAGUCUUCCCUAAUACUAGAGAUGAGAACAAGGGACUAAGUUUUUCAGACUGUUGUAUAUAAUGAGGUGGAGGGCUUGUCUCAUUUUGAUAAAGUACCUAUCUUAAUAGGACCAAUCUUUUUGAAGUUAGAAGUUGUUUUUUAAGUAUUUAUAAUUCCCAAGGCUUUCCUAUGUGAACCUGAUGUUUGAUUCUAAGUACCUAAUCUUCUCUGGAAGCAUUGGUGAAAUUUUUGUUCACAGAAAGAUGAUAGUGAUUGAAGACCUAUCAGUAACAGGAAGGUACCUACCAACUUUCAUUCCUGUCCUGGAUUAUUCAACUUGGGGAGCCCAGUAGAUACUCGGGUUCUAUUCAUCCACUCUGCUGUUCCUCUAAACCACUAUCCAUUGGGACUUGCCUCAAGGUAUGAGCAAGUCCGUGUUCUUAGGAGCAGCAGCAUGGCUAUUAAUGUGACUCUCUUAAGUAAUUGUUAUGAGAUAGUACCUUUUUAUAACAAUUCAGACUAUAAAUUCCUGAGCUAUUACCAAGAUAUUUCUUACUAUUAAGGGAUUGUUAGCGUAGAUUUCCCCAGAGUUCCAAGUUCUAGCUAUGUCUUUUAGUAAAACACAUUUGAGGAUAUUUAAUUUUGAGGAUGUUUUAUUUUUAAGGAUAUCUUUUUAAAAGCCAGCUUUCAUAGCCUGUGGAAAGCCCACCUUUCUCAGGGAAGUUAAUUCUUGAUAUGUUGAAGCCUGGAGCUUCAGAGGCAGAAUAGUAUUUGAAUUGAAAAGCAAAAUGCAAGCACUAUAUAGUGGCAUGUUUAGUGAUAUGGUACACUUGUAUGACCUGGGAAUCUGAGGCCAGGAAGGUCUCAAUUCAAGUUCAGUUGUUGGCUAUAUAGUGAGUUUGAGGCCAGCAAAUGUACCUAGCAAGACUCUCCACCCUACCUUGACCCCCCUCCCAAAAAAAAAGAUAAAACUAGUUUGACUGCAAUAGAUUGCCACAGAGAGGAUGCAGAUAGAGCAGAAUUAGGAUUUAACUUAUCUUGUGGCAAGUCAGUUUACAUCAGUUGAUGUUAAUUGGUUUUUCCAAGAGUAGGAACUAGGGGACUUUUAACCAAGGAAGUUGAAUGGAUGUCAAAUAUUCCCAAUCCUUUACAUUUUGCAAUUCUAAAUUUGGAUUUUGGUGCUGAGGAUUGGUCUCUGCACUGGAAAAAAGAGAAAAAGAAAACUUCAGGCCAAGCAUGUAGCACACACCUGUAAUCCCCAGAACUCUGGAAGUAGAGGCAGAAAGAUUUCAAGUCUUAGGCCAGCCUGGGCUACUGAAGAAGACCCUAUCUUAACCCAAAAGAAAAGGUACUGUCACCCCUACUUUUGUAGCAGACUUCAUUUAAAAACCUAGGCUCUAGUCUCCUCAGCACCACCAGGGUCCCUGCCCCUCUGUUUUUUUACCCCUAUCUUCAAAAUUGUUCUUCCAUUUUAGAGUUUGAAAUUCAGCAAAUUCAAAAUAUCUUGUCAUUGUAUGUAUCCUCGCAUCUGGCUUGAAAACAAGGCAAUGGAAUUUCUGUGUUUAAUGUACAUAUGAAAAUAAAGGAUUUUUCCAUGUGUUA